AUGCACCAGGGAACACCAGAAGAUCUUUUUAAUAAAGAAACAAUUACAAUAGAGAAUGUAAAAAUAGAAACAUUCACACACAACAAUGGAAUAAUCAUAAUACCAAACACAGAGAGCAAUUGCAAGGCAGUAAAUUUAAUAACCACAAAAAGCAUCCAGAGCAUAUAUACGAUUCUUGAGGAAAGAGAAGAGGAUCCUGCAAUAACUACUUAUACCAAGUAUUUAUAUUUGCUUAAAAGGAGAACAGCUGCAUCAAGGUAUAAAAAAGGAAGUGCAGAUGGCAUGCGAAUGAAUAAGUCGCAUUAACUAUUUAAAUUCAAUUUCGAAUUUAAAUUUUUAAA